CCUCCUUGUUUUCUUUGUGUCUGUGCAAUUUAGGUGUGUGUGGAUUACUUGACGAAUAGCAUAGGCAAAAUGCAGACCACCAUGAUGAAGCAGCGCGCCCCCGCAGUUGCGGGCAAGCAGGCGAAUGUCCUGCCUCGCAUCGCACCUAAGGUUGCCCGCUCCCGUUGCGCCAUCGUGGCUCAAGCUGCACCUGCGGCAGCAAAGGUUGCUGCUCCGGCUAUCUCCCGCGACCUGGUUGACAAGUGCAUCAACGCCAUUCGCUUCCUGGCCGUCGAUGCUAUUAACAAGUCCAAGUCUGGCCACCCUGGCAUGCCCAUGGGCUGCGCUCCGAUGGGCUACGUCCUUUGGAACGAGGUCAUGAAGUAUAACCCCAAGAACCCGAGCUGGUUCAACCGCGACCGCUUCGUGCUGUCUGCUGGCCACGGCUCGAUGUUCCAGUACUCUAUGCUGCACCUCACGGGCUAUGAGGAUGUGUCGUUGGACCAAGUCAAGUCUUUCCGUCAGUGGGGUUCGAAGACUCCUGGUCACCCGGAGAACUUCUUGACCUCUGGCGUAGAGGUCACCACCGGUCCUCUGGGCCAGGGCAUCUGCAAUGCCGUUGGUCUGGCCGUGGCCGAGGCUCACAUGGCUGCUCGCUUCAACAAGCCCGACUGCAAGCCUAUCGUGGACCACAACACCUACUGCAUCCUGGGUGACGGCUGCAUGAUGGAGGGCAUCUCCAACGAGGCCUGCUCGCUGGCCGGCCACUGGGGGCUGGGCAAGCUGAUUGCGCUGUACGACGACAACAAGAUCUCCAUCGACGGCCACACCGACAUCUCCUUCACGGAGGAUGUGGCCAAGCGCUACGAGGCGCUGGGCUGGCACGUGAUCCACGUCAUCAACGGCAACACCGACGUGGACGGCCUGCGCGCCGCCAUUGCGCAGGCCAAGGCCGUCAAGGACAAGCCCACGCUCAUCAAGGUCUCCACCCUCAUCGGCUUCGGCUCGCCCAACAAGGCCGACACGCACGACGUGCACGGCGCGCCGCUGGGCGCCGAGGAGACGGCUGCCACGCGCAAGAACCUGGGCUGGGACCACCCCGAGUUCGAGGUGCCGCAGGACGUGUACGACGUGUUCCGCUCCGCCAUCCAGCGGGGUGCCGCGGAGGAGGCGGAGUGGAAGGCGGCGUGCGCCGAGUACGCGGCCAAGUACCCCAAGGAGUGGGCUGAGUUCCAGGCCCUCACCAGCGGCGAGCUGCCCGCCAACUGGGAGUCCGCGCUGCCCGUCUUCAAGCCCGAGGACAAGCAGCUCGCCACGCGCCAGCACAGCCAGACCAUGCUCAACGCGCUGGCCCCCGUCCUGCCGGGCCUGGUGGGCGGCUCCGCCGACCUGGCGCCCUCCAACCUCACCCUCAUGAAGAUCUCGGGUGACUUCCAGAAGGGCAGCUACGCCGAGCGCAACAUCCGCUUCGGCGUGCGCGAGCACGCCAUGGGCGCCAUCUGCAACGGCAUUGCGCUGCACAAGUCGGGCCUGAUCCCCUACUGCGCCACCUUCUUCAUCUUCACGGACUACAUGCGUAACGCCAUGCGCAUGAGCGCGCUGAGCGAGGCGGGUGUGGUGUACGUGAUGACGCACGACAGCAUCGGCCUGGGCGAGGACGGCCCCACCCACCAGCCGAUUGAGCAGCUGGCCAGCUUCCGUGCCAUGCCCAACAUGCUCAUGAUGCGGCCCGCGGGAGGCAACGAGACGGCGGGCGCGUACAAGGUGGCGGUGGCCAACCGCAAGCGCCCCACCACCAUUGCGCUCUCGCGCCAGAACAUGCCCAACCUGCCCAACACCUCCAUCGAGGGCGUUGCCAAGGGCGCCUACACCAUCAAGGAGGUGGAGGGCACCCCCGACGUCAUCCUCAUGGGCACCGGCUCGGAGCUGCAAUUUGCCUGGGACGCCGCGGCUGCGCUGGAGAAGGAGGGCAAGAAGGUGCGUGUGGUGUCCUUCCCCUGCUGGGAGCUCUUCGAGGAGCAGUCCGCCGAGUACAAGGAGAGCGUGCUGCCCGCCGCCGUCACUGCGCGUGUGAGCGUGGAGGCCGCCACCUCCUUCGGCUGGGCGCGCUACCUGGGCCUCAAGGGCAAGCACGUGGGCAUUGACGACUUCGGCGCCUCCGCGCCCGCGCCCGUGCUGUACGAGAAGUUCGGCAUCACGACGGCACACGUGAUCGAGGCCGCCAAGCAGGUCAUGGCUGCGUAAGGAAAGCAGGAGGAAAGGAAAGAGUUUGGGUUUGCUGCUGAGGGUGUUGAGUUUUGGAAAGAGUCGACGAUGACUGACUGCUAAGAUGCGUUGGACGGCGGUUGCAAGAUGGGGUUUGGUGCGCCCCAAGAGGGCUGAGUUUGUGCGCUGCCACUGCUAAGGCUGCGGCCGCUGGUUGGCUUGAGAUAGGAGCGUUUCCGUGACUAUCCUCACCUCAUUUGGGGCGGAGAUGAAGGCGGCGCAUAGGCAUGCAGGUAUUCGCUGUGUGCCGUUGCGCGCUUCCUCCCACGCUGUUGGCCGCGUUUCCCCUUGGCGUGGCGAGUGGAUUGUUGGUUGGUGUCGGUUGGGAUCGGUACACGAAAGCAAGUGCUGGAAACCCGUUGGGGCAGCAACGGUGUUGGUUGCUGAUGACCCGUUUGGGUGGCUUUGUUGGAAACCCGUGUUAUGACAUGAAGGAGUGCUGAUGCAGGUGGGGCCAAGCCGUCGCCACUCGCUGUGUCGUACGAAUGCCAUUGGUUGUACAACACCACGACGUCCGCACGUUGCUGACGCCUUUCUGAUGACGACGUAGAGGGAAAGGGGAGGGUGUUGGCGCUUUGGUUGAGAUGGUGAUGCUGAUGAGUGCAUGUGUGCCGUGUUUGCUUAUUCGAGAUUCUUUUGGACUCGUGCUUUUGGGACCUUCCCUUUAUAAAUAUAGCGUUUAUGGGGUUUCGAAGGAAUUUGUAGCGAACAUAUUUGUGUCUGGCAUUAUCUUACGCCGUUUGGCUGCUGCUACUACUCUGCUGCCGGCUGGGUUUUCUGUGGCUCGAGUCGAUGAACAACAUGUUUGCGAGGGGGACGAGAGCUGCUCGCUCGAGCCCAGGUUUUGACAAUCCGGUCAGCGCUUGAGGGGCGGUCAGGCGGAAAGGAUAUGCUGCUGUCAUGGGUGUCUCUCGUGGGCGUGGGACCACCCCUCACGGUCGUCUACGCCGCGUGCAUUCAAUUGUAUGGGGUGGCAAGGACGUAAUAACAGGCAUCUCCGGAGACGGGGAGACGUGCCAGGGGCGUGCCAACCCGUAUAGACGGGAACACAUGGCAGGACGUUUGUAAAAUGCAAAAAUGAAACA